UGUUGCAUGGCUCAUCUUCUCUUAAACCAGGCCAAUGUCAAGAAUCAAGUCUCUCUUCUUGAACCAGAGAUUACCGCUCAUGGUCACAUCUGUAUGUUUUUCCCAAAAUUCCAUUGUGAGCUCAACCCAAUUGAGAUGAUAAGUAAACUGCUUAUUCUGCCGUUUUCAAUUUUAUUUCUCUCUAUUUAUUGA